AUGAAUUGGAAUCGAGGAAAAACCCUUGGGAAAGGCAGCUUUGGCACCGUCUCCAUUGCCAAAACCCGGCACACUCCCGGCGGCCCUCAUACCAAUCUACCGCCACUCAUCGCCGUCAAAUCCGCUCCUUUUCUAGAGUCCGAUUCCCUUUGGAAAGAGAAGAAGUUGCUUCAAGAGUUGGAAGGCUGCCCCUUCAUCGUGCGCUGCCUGGGGAAAGACGUGACCACCGAAAAGGGACAAACGCUCUACAACUUACUGCUCGAAUACGCCUCCGGAGGAUCUCUGGCCGAUUGCAUCCACAGCGGCCUUCCUGAGAAAAUCGUGAGCCACUGCACCAGAUCCAUACUAUCGGCCCUCGUCCACAUCCACAGCCUCGGCUACGUCCACUCGGACGUCAAGCCGCAAAACGUGUUGGUUUUCGGUAGCAAUUACGAGGCCGUGAAGCUGGCCGACUUCGGGUGCUGCAAGAGAUGGAAAUUACAAGAAGAAGAAGAAGAGAAGUGCGGCUUUCGGGGAACUCUUGCGUACGCUGCACCCGAGUCAGUACACAGGCACAAGUACUUGCCGGAGUCGGAUAUUUGGGCAUUGGGAUGUACUGUUGUUCACAUGUUGACGGGUAGACAACCGUGGUUGCCCGAAAAGGAAAAGGAUGUUAUGUUCGAGAUUGAUUGUAGGGAUGAGAUUCUCGAGAUUUCGCACAACAUUAAGGUUUCGAGAGUGGCCAAGGAUUUUCUCAACAAGUGUUUGAUUAAGGACCCGAUGGUCAGAUGGAAGGCCGAUAUGCUUCUAAAUCACCCUUUUCUUCACAAAGUUGACGAUCAUUCCCCAAAAGGCCGCCACAGAUUGUCUCACCGGAUUUACUCAUUGGUGCCGCAUUGUUUUCAAGUUGAGGCCUGUGGAUGA